AUGCCUUACGUGUCGGGUGGAGGGGAAGUCUUGGACAGUAGGUCCAACUGGAGGCUGUCCUACAUCCCAGAGCUGUUUUGGGCUGUGGUGGAAUUCUUCGUUCUUUUUUUUAGGACGAUGAUUUCGCCAUCAAUGACAAAACGUGGCAGCCAGUACACCUCAGACUACAGACCCAGUGGAGGCCCUCCCAGGCCCCCCAGGAGAAGAAUGGGAGGAAUAGGAGGGGGUGGUGGUGGGCCAUCACCACCUCCCAUGGCUGGUGGUGGAUGAGGAAGGUAAGCACCCUCUAGUGACUGUCUUCAGUCCAGAGGGUGCGCCACCAGUACUUUGUCAAGACAGACCAUGCACUUAAUUUGAAGAGAAUUCGGAAGAUGGUGAUGUUCAGUUGGAGAAGGAACUGUCUCUAAAAGUCUCCUGUAAAUUUUUGCAAAGAAAGGAUGUCAGUUUCUGUAUCCCAGCAGUGAAUCACAAGAAGAUAAAAUCCAGUCCUGCCUACAGGAACAUUAUUCUCCUCAACAUUGUAACAAAGAGGAAACAGUUUGAUAACUCAAAUUACUGGAUAGUAUAGCAGUACUUUUAACAAGAGAAACUGGAGGCUCAGAUUUUAAAGAAUGUAUCAUUAAGAUAGAUUUAAGUAAUUGAUCAAUUCCUCAGCCCUUACAAGACUUUUUUUCCAUUUUUUGCUAGAAUUGAUGCUACAACCAAAAUUUUUUUCAGAGGGGCUACAGUAUAAUGAUAUUGUGCAAUAAUUAUUUUUCUCUUGUUAGUUGGAAGUGCAGGUAAUGUCUUGGCACUUGUAGUGUAUGUUAUGCCUGUGUAAAACACCCACCAAUAGUUUUGUACAUAACAUUAUGAUGUGAUGAUGUCAUGAAAGAAAAUGGAUAUUGACUGUGCUUUACACAGAUUAUGAUGAAUCUCCAACAAAACCUACUCUAGGGAAGGGAGAGUCUGAUGAACAUGAUGUGCACUACAGUAUUUAAUACAAUAUUCAAAUAUAUUUUAUUAGUAAAAUGAUACUAAAAAUGAAUAAAAAAAUAUUUAACAGUA